AAUAGAGGGUGUGGUCUCGUAGCUGAGAGGCUGGCUUUGGAGCAAAAAGCAUUGGGGUUUAGACCAUUUGGGUUCUCGAUCUGGAGGGCCUGCAGGAAGGCUUGGUUGCGGGACCAGUGGAUGUGAUCCAUAUGUGAUGUUGUCCCAUGCCUUGGGGGAAAUUAGUCUGAUAAAAGUAAGACUGCUCCCAGUUCUCUUCCAGUGAAACCAGUUGCCUCUUACCUGAUUGAAAACGUCGAUUUUCCUCAACCAUCUGCUAAGUGUGAUGAAUGUAUCAUUCAUCACUGGUUCCCAGGAUUUACGCUCAUACUGGUCUUGAUCAGUUGGAAGAGGGAUUCCUCUCCUUUCGUAGACAGUUCGCACACCAGCCUUUAUUUCAUUCUGCUUUCUGCAGACUUGAGGUAUACACAAUUUUGUCCUAAUACUAUCACGCAUAUGUAACUCUGCUGUGGAACCUGGAUCACAAAGCAAUACUACAUUCUUAUGCUACGGUUUCGAGGCGCUCAGAGAGGGGCACAAAAUACCCUGUGUUUAGUAAUACUGGACCCUUUUUGUGUUUGUUGCGAUUGGAUCUCCCGUGCGCCCUGUCUCUGCUGAUGAGACCGCAACUUGAAAUUCGGUAUAAGCAUGCAAAGGUCUACGGAACCGCUGCAGUGUUUUUAGCCUGACGUCAGAGAAGAGCACGAGAAACACACCGGAUAUUGGGUCAGGAUUAAGAGUUUUUGCUAAUAUACACUUUAAAUCUCUAUAUAUACUUUGUUGGCAGAAUGACUAUGGCUGGUUUUUUUGCUAGGUACAUAUGUUCUCUUUUUCUUUUCCAGAAUCAUGGAGCAUUGGCAGUGGUUCAUUCCGUGUUAUGGAGCAUUGUGUAUUAUUUUUGUCUACCUGGACUACAAGACAAAGUCAAAGAUCGUAAAACUUACCUUGAAGUGCUCUCCACUGCUAAUGUUGAUGUUGGCUGUUACGAAGAACUUAAUAGUUUCUAGUGCUUCUACUUCACCGUCUGCACCUGGCUCUACUAAUAAAUUAUACCAGCUUUUUUGGGGUUUGCUUUUUUCUGUGUUUGGAGAUGCUUAUCUUGUUUUCUCGAACACUUUUCUUCUUGGCGUUGUUUCAUUUGCGAUUGCCCAAGGCAUCUAUGUUUCAAUGUUUGGAGGUGAAUUGGCACUUUUCCAAGGAGCUAGCAACAUUGAGAUGAUUAUUGGAAUUAUAGUGAUAUCAAUAUCAUGUACUGUAUACGUAUCAAUUGUUAGUCAUAUGAAGCCUCUCUUGGCUGUCCUUGCUGCUCUCUACUGUGUUCUGAUAUCAACGAUGCUGUGCACUGCUUUGAUACAAGCAUAUCGGUCUGCCACAUACCCUACCAUUGCAGGAGCUACUGGUGCUGCACUAUUUUACUUGUCGGAUAUGAUGCUGAGUGUAAACAAAUGGGGAGUGAAAUUUCUUUAUGCACAAGUGCUGAUUAUGACAACUUACUAUUGUGCUCAACUGUUCAUUGCAGCGUCUGUUCUUGUUGUCACUUAAUUGACUGGCAAGUGUGUCUAGACAUAACAUGCACGUAUGUUUUAUCUGUCAGCUAGAGUUUCUUGCUUUAUUGUUAUUAUCUGCCCUC